AUUUACACUAAAUAAUCGAUCACUGCUCAGCUCAAAGCCCACAUUAUUAAAUCUGAUCCCCUUCCAACUGCAUUCAUCCUUAACCUGACUGUCAUUCAUAUACCUUGCCUUAUAUACUCCAGUCUCUAAGCAUAAGGAACUUCAUGGAAGACGAUAAUAACAGCGCUAAUUCUCUCAAGAGAUCCAAUGAGGAUGUGGACAUGCCUGAGGAAGAUUCAGCACGAACAUCAAUAGACAAGGAUGAAAAUCAAGCAAAGAAGCAACGCGUUGAUCACUCAACAGAGGCAACAGCAGAUGAGUCCGCUACAAUGGAUGGAAUAAAAAAAGAAAGUUCAGCUGAACAAGAGGCGUCAAACGAAGUAAAUGAUUCAGAAGAGACAUCAACUGAAGUAAAUAAUUCGAAAGAGGUAUCGUUCGAAACAAAAGAUCCUCAAACGGGGCUCACGUCCUCGCAAACAGCAGCACUUGAACUGGCAAAGCAGUAUGCAAGAGAAGUCCAGGAGGAGUUGGUUAAAUCUGGAGCGCUAACGUCUGCAACGGAACCGGAGCCAUCGCUCGCUACAGCUAAUGUUGUAGAGCAGCGUAAAUCACUUUGCAGAGUCUACGUUGGAUCGAUCUCGUUUGAAGCAUCGGAAGAGGAUGUUCGGCAAAAGCUUGGUCGCUUUGGAGCCAUCAGAGAGCUGGUGCUUAAGGUCGAUCCAACAACAGGAAAGCACCGUGGUUUUUGUUUUGUUGAAUAUGAGCUUCCCGAAGCUGCUAUCUUGGCAGUUCAAGCUUCAGAGUCUGUGGAUGUAGGUGGUCGACAUAUCAAAAUAGGAAGACCCAAAAACUAUGAUGCCAGUGUCAUCAACGAUCUGCCCGAACCACCAGAGAAUAGGAUUUAUGUUGCCAACAUUGGAUCUCUGGUCUCAGAAAUGGAUCUAGCAGGGAUUUUCGCUGCUUUUGGAGAGGUUGAGACCUGUGUUUUGACGCCUGAUCCAGUCACACGGAAACAUAAAGGAUACGGAUAUGUUCAGUUUAAGUCUGGAACCAAUGUUGAUACUCUAGUUGAAUCUAUGAAAGGCUUUAUGUUACUGGAUAUGCCCAUGGGAGUUUGCAAAGCUCUUGUUGGUGGCCCUCUUCCUGAGGGCAUGAAAGCACUGGAACACAUGCCUCCAGUUACUCCCGUUACUUCAACGCCGGCUCAAUCUCGCGUCGCGCCUCCAGCUGCGCCUUCUCCAGCAAUGAUAGCAAAGGCUACAGCGACUGCAGCCUCUACAGCCCAACGGUUGGUUGCAAUGGGUCAGUCCUCAGUAAUGAAUGGUGAUAGAGAAUCAGUAGCCUCAGAAGAGAAUAUGAGCAUUAGUGGAAAUCAAAGGUAUAUGGUCAUGCAGAGCCUUGCCCGGAGUGGAGGUAUUGUGCCACCUGCGACAUCUCAGGAGCCGUCUGUACAGCCCACUGUGGUUCGGUUACAAUAUAGCGCCACCCCCGCUGAUAUUGAUGAUCAACUUGAAGAGGAAUUUCGUGAAGAAUGUAGUAAGUAUGGCCCUGUUGUUCGAGUUCAAUUGUUACCACUCCUUGAAGGGCUUCUGCGUAUCUUUAUCGAGUUUGUGUCACCUAUUGAUGCACGAUCGGCUUCUGUACAACUUCAUGGUCGACAGUUUGAUGGUAAAACAAUUCAAGCAACGCUGUUUGACCCUAAAGAGUAUGCUGCUGGCCGUCUUGUUUAGAAUGAAAAGAA